AGCAAACCUUCCCUGAAAGAAAAUUUCUCCCAAUUGGCUUUCUCAAGGAUCCAUUUCCCACCUGUAUUCUCUGUGACCAAUGAGGCAGAAAUAUUUAUCUUGCACCAGAUUGGGUUUCCAAACUGUACAUGGAGCUACUGGUCAUCCUUGGUGCUUUGGUGGUGCUGCUUACUACCAGUGGUACAACUGAGGGUCAACACAUCCUGCCUGGUGUUGUCACACAUUAUGGGGAGAUUGGGAGGAACAUCACUCUGAGUUGCAACACCUCGUCCAGUGGAUUCACAGAGUGGAGGUUGAAUGACUCGCAAAUCAUGGAGACUCCAAACAUGAGACUAACAGGAAAGGAUCUCACCAUCUUCAAUGCUGAUCCAUCCAAGGAAGGACAGUACAGCUGCCACAGCCCAGAGACAGGCAGCACUUACUCAAGAGUCUCUUUACUGUUGGGAUAUGCCCCAGGAAAGCCACAGCUUCUCUGCCUCUCAGUGAGCUACCCAUUGAACGUGACCUGUUUCUGGAAGCUGGAAAAAGCAACCAACCUUCCUACUGAGAUUAAAAUCAUAUUCAGUUAUGAAACAGAACUUGUCAAAGCCUGCUUGAGCACAGAGACACUGCAGGGCAGUUGUACGAUCAAGGACAUCAAACUUUUCUCAAAGGUUCCCUACAAGGUGAUGGUGACAGCAGGAAAUCCCCUGGGAUCCCGAUACACCAUGAAAGAAUUCACUGUGGAGAAGAUAAUUAAACCGGACCCGCCGACUGAAGUCAGUCUUUCUCCAAUAGCAAAUCAGCAGAAGAAACUGCUGCUACAGUGGAAACCUCCUGCAACCUGGCCCAAUCCCCAGCUCUUCCUGCUGAAGUACAUCAUAAAAUACUGGAAAGCAGGAUCCAACACACCCAGAAUGAUUGAGAUCGGCAAUCAAACCACCUACACCUUGAGCGGCUUGCGAUCCAGAGCCUUGUAUUAUGCAGCAGUUGCAGCAAAGGAUUUUAUCGACAAUGGCCAGCGCAGUGAGUGGAGCCCGACUGUUUCUGCACAGCUGUGGUCCAAAGGGUGAUGUGGCUUUCUCCCGAUCUGUUUAUUCCUGCUGGUAACUUGUUUAUAAUCACACCUAUAGCCUGGAGGAGCAGCUGUGCAGGCCUGCAGCAUUUACGUAAGAGUAAUUACCAAGUAAGGCAUAGUCCACACUUGUUGGAGCAUCUCUUUUUUUGUAUAAUAAACUUGUCAAUAUCCCAAUAUUGUUACCAUGAGUGAUGUGUUUGUGAAGAAUCCUUAUUCAUUCCACAAAAGCUCAGCCAGGGGAUGUAAUCGUGAAGUUUAGUGCACUCUGUCCUUCACAAACAUCAGGACCUUCUAUUUCACAAAUAAGGGUACUCCUGUAAAGAUUCUGUCCAACCUGUGGCUCAGUUAAUGCAGUCUGGCCAGUUUCGAAACCUUGCUGUUAUCAAAUUGUAAGCUUAAUGGUCAUUUUGCAUUAUUUGUUCACACUCUAUCAAAGAGAAUUUAUUUGUUCUACCCAUUCCUUUUCCCCCAUCAUCCCAAUUUCUGAACACCCACCUACUUACACUCUUUCCCAGUUCUGAAACGGCCCAAUGCUGACAAGUCAACUGUUUUUCUUUCUGCAGAGGCUGCUCCACUGCCGAGUUUCCAACAUUUUCGACUUCCAUUUGAAAGAGCACCUAUUUCAGUGCUGCCCGCUCAUAUUAAGCUAUCAAUCCAAAAAUAAAUUGUUUAUUCCCAGUUUCUAAUUCAGUGGAUUCUAGUUAAUUGGGCCAUCUGUUAAUUGUGGUAGCUGCUUAUUUGGGACAACUCUUGAAGAACACAAACUAAUCAAGAAAAUAGAUGGAAAAUGCUGGUGAAUGCAGUA